ACCAAAACAUCUGCCACUCCCUGAAAAAAGAUCAAGUGAAAUAAAAACGAGGUCUUCAUUACUGUCCAAAACAGGGCGAAAACAGACCACUGGUAUUCUGGUGAGGAACAACACGUCUGCCGGUGCGACAAAACUUCGCGACACGACGCGAACAUGACCGGACGAUGUUCAAUGGCGUCACGUCGGUUCCCGUCGCGGUCGCGAACCGCAGCCGGUGGUCAGCCGAGCGAACGACGGAGAAGCGCAGCCGCACCCAGAUCAGCCGCCGUGUCCCGGGAGGCCGCACUGCCCGCCGCUGCAGCGUCCUCCCCCGCCCCAGCGGCGGCCGGCCGGAGUCGGCACCGGACCGGCUCUGCAUAUAAGCCGCGGCGGCGCCGGUGCGGGCACACUCUGCAACAAUGUCUCCCCGUGCUCUGAUCCCCGUGGCGCUGCUGGCGGCGCUGCUGGCUGCCUCCGUGCUGGUCGCGGACGGCGCCAAGCAUGGAAAGCCCGCCCGGCUGGUUCCGGGCCAGGAGGAGUGGCCCGAGAGGGUCGGCUGUCCCACCGGCUACGUGCCCGACCUGAGGCCCAAGGCCCUGAAACAGCGCCGCCCGGGCUACAUCGUCUGCGCCAAGGGCAACAUCGAGAACUGCGUGCACGGCACCUUCUGGUAUCUGCUCGACCGGCGCUUCUGCUUCAAGUGCAACUGCAUCAACGGCAAGGCCGACUGUCUCUCCUACACCUGCCCGCCGCCCAAGCCGAUCUUCCCCACCAGCAAGCGGUACCAGUGCCGGCGAGACCAGGUGAAGGAGUGCCCCAAGAGCAGCUGCACGUUCCUGGCCAGGGACCACCGCUGCGUGUUCUGUGACUGCCACUAGUCGCGCUCGGCCGGCUGACAGCCAGGGGAUGGGAGGGGCACCGGGACGGGCUUCCCGGGAACGGAGCACGCCCGCUGGCGGGCGACGGGGCACAUUGUUACAGACCCGCUGGUCGGGACAACUACCCAUUUAUCGUUGUUGACUCAUUCAAUGAGAUUACUAUUGAAUAACCUGGAGAGUUUUAUGUUCAAAGCUUAAUUACAAGGCCACAUGUGAAUUGUGUAUAUCCAGCGCAUAUCUCUUCGUAGUGACCUGCACUUCGAAAAUGCUGCGCUUAUAAAAGCUAAAAUAGCCUCUGCACUGGCGCUGAGCGUUGCAGAAAGCAGAAGCUAAAAUAAAACGAUGCGAAGGCCAUGCCAUGAAUUUGCUGGUGCACACCAAAUACAAAAUACUACCUGA